AUGACCAUAGCUCUAUUUUUUGUGGGCAUCGCGAGGAUUCACGAAAAUCCGCCUGUUCCCGUCCUCGGGGUUCUUGCCGCCGAGCAGAUAUCCGACUGUGUCGUGGAGGGCGCUAGAACAAAGUGCACGUGCGAAAAACAACCAACCACUGCACCAGACCUCAAAGCAACAAUAUCGGAAGAGACAAACGAGUUGGAAAUUUACUGCAAGGGCGGCCUAAAUUAUGCGCCUGAAGGACUGCUGGGUUCAAAGGUCUGUUCGGCGGAUGCUGACGACGUCACCACAUGCAAGGCAAAAGAGAGCAAGCCUGGCUGUAUCAACGUUAACGCACUCUUGGUUGCAGCAUCAACCCCCGUCGAAUGGCAGCCAAGCACAAGCAUCACCGACCAAGAUAAAUCGAAGGUCCUUAACAUCCCAAAAGACAAGAUCCCGUAUGUCGACGAAGAAUUCCACGUCGGAUGCAGCGAAAACAACUCCACUACGAAAUGCAAAGUAGCUGUGACGAUCACAGCAAGAACAACGAAGACGAAGGACCGAACAGUGACAUGCGCAUAUGGCCACGAUAGCAACAAAAAGCAUCAGAUGAUCACACUCAGCCCUUCACAAAAUACCUUCACACUGGUGUGUGGCGCGAAAGGAGAGAUUGUGCAGAAGAGCUACAAAAGCGCGUACUGCGGUGUGAGUGAGAAGGACACGCCUGUCAGGGAUUGCCCUGGCAAAUACACGGAUAUUCUCCCUGGUUACGAGGAAAGAUGGUGGACUGAUGGUAAAGAGAAGUCCUUCACUUUCACGAUUCCGGAGGACAAGUUUCCCACGGCCAGAGCGAAGAUGAUGGUACAGUGUCAGAAGGAGGAGGUCAAAACACGCGAGCCUGCCACACCUCAAGCUGAAGCCACAUUUAAACCCAGUGUGUGCAGCGUGGACGUGACAAUUGAAAGCGCUGGCUCCGCGAGCUUGGCGCCUCCGUCGUUCAUUUUGGGUUUGAGUACUAUCAUGUUGCUGGCGGGAUCUGGACUGAUGGUCGUGUCGUCUGACUUUCUACGACAGUGA